AAAGUUCAACACAUCUCAUUGUUCUCUUUACUUAGAAAUCAAUAUCAAUCCCAAUUUGCAAACAGUUUGUGUUUCUUUGAUUCUCGAAUCGAAAAUGGCCGGAGAGCACCGUGAGAAUAAGGGAGUGGUGGACCAGAUGAAAGAGAAGCUACCAGGCGGUCAGCUACCAGGCGGUCGCAAGGAUGAUCCCUACAGUACUACUGCUGGAGAGCACCGUGAGAAUAAGGGCACUACUGCACCGGGUUACGGCGUGGCCGGAGAGCACCGUGAGAAUAAGGGAGUGGUGGACCAGAUGAAAGAGAAGCUACCAGGCGGUCGCAAGGAUGAUCCCUACAGUACUACUGCUGGAGAGCACCGUGAGAAUAAGGGCACUACUGCACCGGGUUACGGCGUGGCCGGAGAGCACUGUGAGAAUAAGGGUGGCAUGGUUGACAAGAUCAAAGAAAAUCUACCAUGUGGUCCCAAGGAUGGUGCACCGCCUUGCAGUGCUGCAACAGGGGAGCACCCUGAGAAGAAGGGAAUGAUGGACAAGAUCAAGGAGAAGCUUCCCGGUGGACACAGCACCACUCGAUGAACUGAUUAGUUUGUAAUUAACGGCUGUGGAUGAAUGCAGUAUGGGCUCUUUGGUUUUUUGGGCUUCGUUGGGCUGUUUGUGAAAUAAUACCAUCUUGGGGUAGAGUUAUAUUUCAGGUUUCUUUCUGGCUGUUAGAUUUGCUUUCUUUAUGAUGUCGUUUGAGUAAUUCCAUCUCCUCAUUUUGUGGUGCUGUAAUCUGUUCAGGGUUAUAAUGUGGGGUUGCCGUGGUACUAGGAAAUGUGUUUGAAGGCUUUGUUUUGGUUAGGGAUGUAUGAAGAAUUCAAAACAAACUAUAUGUAUUGUUAAUUAUCACAA